AUGUCCCUAGACUCACGCCUCAAAAAACGCUCUCCUCUUUACAACACGAGACUCUUGCGGGAACUAUGGAGAGAUUCGAAUCCCCCAUGGGGAAGAAGGAGACCCGUAGUCUGGGGUUUCGUCAAGGAUCACGUUAAUAUCGUCGUCAUGGACCACUACAUCACCCCUCCUGCCCCUGAGAGCUCCUCGGACGACAAGAACAUUUCAGACAUGGAUAAGAUCGAAUGUGUCCGUCGAGUCUCUGACGAAGCCCUUGGCCAAGUCAUGGGCUUAGACCUGGAGAGAGAAAAGACAGCCCAGGGCGAUGCCUACUUUCAUCGUCUGGGCUGGAAGCGCCUCACUGUCAUUCAGCGCUGA